GCGUUACCUCGCAUUUUCAACAAUGGAAUACCACUUUCUCCCCAUUUCGUGGACCCUGCUCAUCUGGGUCUUCUCAAAUUUCUUUGUUUUAUUGUGAGAGUGACUGAGUGAGUUCAUGCUGCUUCGUUGUAAUUGAAGAGACAAAUGGGGGAGGAGUUGAUAAGGCAAGGGAGGUCUCUGGCGGAGACUCCUACUUACUCGGUUGCCUCAGUGAUUACAGUCUUGGUCUUUGUGUGUCUUUUGGUGCAACGUUCCAUUUACAGGUUUGGAAGGUGGUUGAAGAAGACAAGGAGGAAAGCUCUGUUUGCUUCACUGGAGAAGAUUAAGGAAGAGCUUAUGUUGCUUGGGCUUAUAUCACUGUUGUUGGCACAAUGGGCACGGUGGAUAUCAGAGAUCUGUGUAGAUUCAUCUCUUUUUAGCAGCAGAUUCUAUAUAUGUUCUGAGAAUGAUUAUGGGGUUACAAAAGCUAUAUUGUUCAAAAGAUUGUCCUCUCCUCUAAAUGAGUCUGAUAUUCCUCCAAAAGGAUUGUACCCUCGAGGAGCUCAUCAAUGUGGUGAGGGUCGUGAACCAUUUGUUUCCCUGGAGGGUCUUGAGCAGCUUCACCGAUUUUUGUUUGUUCUUGGUAUCACUCAUGUUCUGUACAGUUGUUUGGCUGUCGGUCUUGCUAUGAGCAAGAUCUACAGUUGGAAGAAGUGGGAAAAUCAAAUAAUAGUGGCUGAUGCAAUUUUGCAAGCAAAGAAAAACAAGGUCAUGAAGCAUCAAUCCUCCUUUGUCUUGCAUCACACGUCACAUCCAUGGAGCAGGAAUCGGGUUCUUAUUUGGAUGCUCUGUUUUUUUCGACAAUUUAAGAGCUCAAUAAAGAAAUCAGAUUACUUGGCGCUGCGUUUGGGUUUCAUCACUAAGCACAACCUGCCACUUUCCUAUAAUUUCCAUAGUUAUAUGGUCAGAAGUAUGGAAGAUGAAUUUCAUGGCAUUCUGGGGAUCAGUUGGCCGCUUUGGGUUUAUGCAAUAUUGUGCAUCUUCAUAAACAUUCAUGGCUUGAAUAUUUACUUUUGGCUUUCUUUCAUCCCUGCCAUUAUUGUCAUGAUAGUUGGCACAAAGCUUCAGCACAUUGUUUCCUCAUUAGCUCUCGAAAUUGUGGAACAAGCAGGUCCAUCCAUUACUCAAGUAAAGCCACGUGAUGAUCUAUUCUGGUUUAGAAAACCAGAGAUAUUGUUACGGUUGAUACAAUUUAUCAUUUUUCAGAAUGCCUUUGAGAUAGCAACAUAUAUUUGGUCCUUGUGGGGACUUAAAGAGAGAUCGUGCUUCAUGAAAAACCAUUACAUGAUUAUCAUUCGGUUGGCUUCUGGGGUUCUAGUUCAAUUCUGGUGUAGUUAUAGCACAGUACCACUGAAUGUAAUUGUCACACAGAUGGGAUCUCGGUGUAAGAAAGCGUUGGUCGCGGAGAGUGUUAGGGAGUCACUGCAUAGCUGGUGCAAGAGAGUGAAGGACAAGUCUAAACGUGACUCCACAGCAAGGUCAGUAUGCUCGCUUGAUACAGCAACAAUAGAUGAGAGAGAUGAGAUCACAGUUGCAUCCGGCACAAUAUCCCAUUGCUCGUCGUUGGGAUCACUAAAUGAGGUGACCAUUGGACAUACCGAACAGGCAGAGUCCUUCGUUGGGAAUCCCAUCCCACCCUCAGCUGGAUACUCUUUUCGAAUGGAAGUUUACGAUGCAUCGCAGCCAUUCAGCAACAGCAGUGAAGGAUAUUCAGACAAUGUGGAUGAAACAAAGGUUGAGACUCUUUCAGACUUGUUCAAAAAGACUUGAAACUUUAUGUUUCUUUUAGAAAUAUGAGCAUUUCCUAGGCACCAAAGAGUGUAAUUCCAGCCCAACAUGACAAACUUAACAUUCAGCAGCAAUAUAUUCUGAUUAACAUCUUUACUGCA